CUGGUGCAGGCGGUGAAGGCGGAGGACGUAGGCACCGCUCAGCGGCUGCUGCAGAGGCCGCGGCCAGGCAAAGCCAAACUCCUGGGCUCCACCAAGAAGAUCAAUGUCAACUUUCAGGACGCAGACGGCUUCUCCGCCCUGCACCACGCGGCCCUGAAUGGCAACACUGAGCUGAUCUCCUUGCUGCUGGACGCCCAGGCUGCCGUGGACAUCAAGGAUAACAAAGGCAUGCGGCCGCUGCACUACGCGGCGUGGCAGGGCCGGAAGGAGCCCAUGAAGCUGGUGCUGAAGGCAGGCUCGGCGGUGAAUGUCCCGUCAGACGAGGGCCACAUCCCCCUGCACCUGGCAGCUCAGCAUGGGCACUAUGACGUGUCUGAGAUGCUGCUCCAGCACCAGUCCAACCCCUGCAUCGUGGACAAUUCGGGAAAGACACCCCUGGACCUGGCCUGCGAGUUUGGCCGUGUUGGGGUGGUCCAGCUGCUCCUGAGUAGCAACAUGUGUGCUGCGCUGCUGGAGCCCCGGCCUGGGGACACCACCGACCCCAAUGGCACCAGCCCCCUGCACCUGGCAGCCAAGAACGGCCACAUCGACAUCAUCAGACUCCUCCUCCAAGCCGGCAUUGACAUUAACCGCCAGACCAAGUCCGGAACGGCCCUGCACGAGGCUGCGCUCUGCGGGAAGACGGAAGUGGUCCGGCUGCUGCUCGACAGCGGGAUCAAUGCCCAGGUGCGGAACACCUACAGCCAGACAGCGCUGGACAUUGUACACCAGUUCACCACGUCGCAGGCCAGCAAGGAGAUCAAACAGCUGCUGCGAGAGGCCUCGGCAGCCCUGCAGGUCCGGGCGACCAAGGAUUACUGCAAUAAUUACGACUUGACCAGCCUGAACGUGAAGGCUGGGGACAUCAUCACGGUCCUUGAGCAGCACCCCGACGGCCGGUGGAAAGGCUGUGUCCAUGACAACCGGACGGGCAACGACCGUGUGGGCUACUUCCCAUCCUCCCUGGGCGAGGCCAUCAUCAAGCGAGCCGGUCCCCGAGCAGGCCCUGAGCCGAGCCCACCCCCAGGAGGCGGCUCGUCGGGGCCCUCUGCACCUCCGGAGGAGAUAUGGGUGCUGAGAAAGCCUUUUGCAGGUGGGGACCGCAGCAGCAGCCUGAGCAGUGCGCCUGGCGGCCGGGGCAGCGGGGCCCACGCCCUGCAUGCGGGCUCUGAAGGGGUCAAGCUCCUGGCGACAGUGCUCUCCCAGAAGUCUGCCUCUGAGUCCAGCGCUGGGGACAGUCCCGUCAAGCCUCCGGAAACUUCCACAGGUGCUGCCCGGGCCCAGCCUCCAGUGGCGCAUGCUGGGCAGGUCUACGUGGAGCAACUGCCCAAGAAGCUGGAGCCGGCGAGUGAGGGCAAGAGCGCCGAGGCAGUCAGCCAGUGGCUGGCCACGUUCCAGCUGCAGCUCUACGUGCCCAACUUCAUCAGCGCCGGCUACGACCUGCCCACCAUCAGCCGCAUGACCCCUGAGGACCUCACGGCCAUUGGUGUCACCAAGCCAGGCCACCGAAAGAAGAUCACGGCAGAGAUCAGCGGCCUGAGCAUCCCCGACUGGCUGCCCGAGCACAAACCUGCUAACCUGGCCGUGUGGCUGUCCAUGAUUGGCCUGGCCCAGUACUACAAGGUGCUGGUGGACAAUGGCUACGAGAACAUCGACUUCAUCACCGACAUCACCUGGGAGGACCUGCAGGAGAUUGGCAUCACCAAGCUGGGACACCAGAAGAAGCUGAUGCUGGCAGUGAGGAAGUUGGCGGAGCUGCAGAAGGCAGAGUAUGCCAAGUACGAAGGGGGCCCCCUGCGCCGGAAGGCACCCCAGUCGCUUGAGGUGGUGGCUAUCGAGUCGCCGCCCCCGCCCGAGCCCACCCCCGCCGAGUGCCAGUCUCCGAAGAUGAGCACCUUCCAGGACAGUGAGCUCAGUGGGGAGCUGCAGGCGGCCAUGACCGGCCCGGCCGAGGGUGCCGCCGCCGCCAAGAAGCCCUGUAACCAGCUGCCGCCCACCCCGAGGGGCAGCCUGCGGCAGGAGCCCAGUCUGGGCGGGCGGGCACGCCACAUGAGCAGCUCCCAGGAGCUGCUGGGUGAUGGGCCCCCGGGGCCAGGCAGCCCCAUGUCACGCAGCCAAGAGUACCUGCUGGACGAGGGGCCGGCUCCUGGCACUCCACCCAAGGAGGCCCGGCCCAGCCGCCACGGCCACAGUGUCAAGCGAGCCAGCGUGCCCCCGGUGCCCGGUAAGCCGCGGCAGGUCCUCCCGUCGGGCACCAGCCACCUCACGCCUCCCCAGACACCCACCAAAGCCCGGCCGGGCUCUCCCCAGGCGCUGGGGGGGCCCCACGGUCCUGCCCCGGCUACGGCCAAGGUGAAGCCCACCCCGCAGCUGCUGCCACCGGCGGAGCGGCCCAUAUCACCCCGCUCGCUGCCCCAGUCGCCCACCCACCGUGGCUUCGCCUACGUGCUGCCCCAGCCCGUGGAAGGAGAGGCGGCCCCGGCGGUCCUGGGGCCCGUGCCCAGGCUGUGCCUGCCCCCCGAGGCCGAUGGCGAGCCAGGGCGGCCGAAGAAGCGUGCCCACAGCCUGAACCGCUACGCCACGUCCGACAGCGAGCCAGAGCGGGAUGAACUGCUGGUACCAGCCGGGGCGGGGCCCUACGCCACGGUCCAGCGGCGCGUGGGCCGCAGCCACUCCGUGCGGGCGCCGGCCGGCGCUGACAAGAACGUCAACCGCAGCCAGUCCUUUGCUGUGCGGCCCCGCAAGAAGGGGCCCCCGCCGCCCCCACCCAAACGCUCCAGCUCCGCCAUGGUCAGCGCCAACCUGGCCGAUGAGCCGGGGCCGGACGCCGAGACUGAGGGGGCUGGGCCCGAGGACGGUGGGCUGGGGGUCCAGGCACAGCGCCGGCGGGCCAGUGACCUGGCCAGCAGUGUGGACACGGGCAGCGCGGGCAGCGUGAAGAGCAUCGCGGCCAUGCUCGAGCUCUCAUCCAUUGGGGGCGGGGGCCGGGCUGCCCGCAGGCCCCCUGAGAGCCACCACAUGCCCCGCCCUGCCAGCCCUGAGCCAGGCCGCGUGGCCACAGUGCUGGCCUCUGUGAAGCACAAGGAGGCCAUCGGGCCUGAUGGGGAGGUGGUGAACCGGCGCCGCACACUCAGUGGGCCAGUCACCGGACUUCUGGCCACGGCCCGCCGGGGGCCUGGGGAGCCGCUGGGGCCUGUGGAACAACACAGCCCCCUUGCUGAGGAUGGCGCUGCCCGGCAGCGGCCCCGAGGCCCAGCCAAGGGUGAGGGCAGUGGCGAGGGCCCGCCCCUGGCCAGGGUGGAGGCCAGCGCCACUCUCAAGAGGCGUAUCCGGGCUAAACAAAGCCAGCAGGAGAACGUCAAGUUCAUCCUGACCGAGUCCGACACCGUCAAACGCCGGCCCAAGGCCAAGGAGCGGGAGGCGGGGCUCGAGCCGCCCCCACCACUGUCCGUGUACCAGAACAGCACAGGCACCCUGCGCCGCAGGCCAGUCUCGGAGCAGGGUGCAUCCCCUGAGCUGCCACCGCCUCCCCCACCCGCCGAGUCGCCACCCACCAACCUGGAGCACCUGCCGCCGCUGCCCCUGCCUGACAGUGAUGCCCGGAAGCCAGCCAAGCCACCUGUCUCCCCCAAGCCUGUCCUGGCUCAGCCUGUGCCCAAGGUUCAGGGCUCGCCCACGCCGGCGUCCAAGAAGGUGCCGCUCCCGGGCCCAGGCAGCCCAGAGGUGAAGCGCGCCCACGGGACGCCGCCGCCCGUGUCGCCCAAGCCGCCGCCGCCGGCCCCUGCCGCGCCCGACGGCGCUUCGCCCGGGGACAGCGCCCGGCAGAAGCUGGAGGAGACUAGCGCCUGCCUGGCGGCCGCGCUGCAAGCGGUGGAGGAGAAGAUCCGGCAGGAGGACGGCCAGGGCCCCCGCCCCUCGGCCGCGGAGAAGAGCACCGGCAGCAUCCUGGACGACAUCGGCAGCAUGUUCGACGACCUGGCCGACCAGCUGGACGCCAUGCUGGAGUGA